AUGCCGAUCUUGGAAGAAAUCGAAGAUGUUCAGGACAUAGACGACCUGGACAUGGACAUAGCCGAGUUCGACCCAACGUUGCGAACUCCUAUUGCGCCCGCCAGACCACAACCAACAGUAGUGAAGUCUGAUCCAACACCAAAUUUCCCACAGUUCGAAGACAUUAUGAGGCAGAUGCAGAGUGGUGGAAUGCCUGAUAUGGGCAUGAGCUUAGGUAAUGCUGGUACCGCGAUCGAAAAAGAGUCGAUCAUCAACCCAGAGGAGAUGGACGAGGAACAAAUGGCCGAAAUGAAGGCCCUGCAGAUAAUCUACCCGUGCUACUUUGAUAAGAACAGAUCUGUUGGAGAUGGAAGAAGGGUAAACCAACAUAAUGCGGUCAACAACCCUUUGGCGAAAACGCUGCUUGAUGCGUGUCGCUCGUUGAAUGUUCCAUGCAUUCUGGAGCCAGAAAAGUCGCACCCACAGGAUUUCGGUAAUCCAGGACGCGUUAGAGUUGCAUUAAGGGCCAACGGUAUCGAUGGAGUAAAAGUCUACACAAAGAGACAAUUGAUGGCCCACAUUUCUACAUAUCUACAACAGCACGAGACCAAGUUGACCAUGGUCAAGCAGCUACCCGGUCCUCCAGAUUUGGCCCAAUACCAGCCGGAGACUAUCCCGAAAGUGAAAGGCUGGAAUAUGAACUCCAUUGUUCCACUGCACAGCCCCUUUUUGAUGAAAAACCCAGCCACGAAAUCGAUUUACGAGAAGGAGCCCACUCCACCUCCUACCCCAAAGCCCCACAAGGAGAAGAUUCAGAGGAUAAGGGCAUAA